UGUUCACGCCGCCAACUAUCAGGUAUAAAAGGUGGCACUUUGCGCAUCAAAAUCAGAAGCAUCUGCUCCUCCAUCGUAUUAGGACCACCGCCACUAUGCUGCGUGCCUGCAUUGUCCUCGCCUUGGCCACCUGUGCCUUUGGUCACCCACCCAGCAGCUACACCCUUGCCAGUAACCUCGGUUACGGCGUCGGCUACGGCAACCUCGGCUAUUCCGGGCUCGGCUACGGUGGCCUUGGUCUCUCCCAUUACGGCCUCUCCCAUGGAGUUGGCUACUCUGGCCUGACUGGCUAUGGUGCUGGCUACGGAUACGGGUACGCCCCAUCCGCCAGCUACGCCGUCGCUGCCCCAGCCGUUUCCCACACCGUCUCCACCUACCACGCUGCUCCAGCCGUGACCGCUGUGCACACCGCCCCAGCCGUGACCGCUGUCCACGCCGCCCCAGCCGUGACCGCUGUCCACGCUGCCCCAGCUGUCGCCACCUACGCCGCUGCCCCAGCUGUCACCAGGGUGGUCCAGUCCGCUCCAGUUUUCGCUAGCUACGCCGCUGCUCCAGCCGUGACCGCUGUCCACGCUGCUCCAGCUGUCCACACCGUCCACGCUGCCCCAGCCGUGACCGCUGUUCACGCUGCUCCAGCCUUCGCUACCGUCCACGCUGCCCCUGCUGUUGCCACCGUCGCCCACGCUGCUCCAGCCGUCGCAACUUACAGCGUUGCCCACGCCGCCCCAGCCGUCGCCACCUACGGUGUUGCUCACGCUGCCCCAGCUUUCGCCACUUAUGGUGUUGCUCACGCUGCCCCAGCCUACUACGGGUACGGUGUUGGCUCCCUCGGCUACGGUGCCGGCAGCUACGGUUAUGGUCACGGUCUCCUCGGCUACGGCCUGAACUACGGCUACGGUCUUGGCUCUCCUCUGAGCUACGGCAACCUCCUCCGCAAGAAGAAGUAAAUUUACACCUUCCUGACCCUCCAAUUGGACGCAAUUCACAAAGCAAUGGAGCAGCUUGUUUCGGGGUUUCAAUGAAAUGCAUUGAUUCUCACUGCAUAAUAAACUGUUCUAAAAAAUGCCUGGAUAUCUAUAGCCAAUGCGUGGCAUGAACAUAAUACAUGAUACAAUCAUACACAUUUACACGAAGCCACUCGAG